AGAAAAUUAAAUAUAAGAAAUUUAAACAAUAAAAAAUAAAUUAAAAAAAAAAUGAAUUAAACAAAGAAAUAAAUGUAGCUUGUAGUAAAAGAAAAAUAAAACAGUUUACUUUAAAAAGACUAAUGGUUAUAAGAAGAGUAAAUUGAAAUAAUAAUUAAUAGAUUAACAACUAGUUAAAUUUAUAGAGACAUAGAAUUUUUUGAAAUUAAGAAAAAUUUCAUAAGCUUUAGUGUAUUUAAUGAACAGUUUCAAAAAUAGAACUUGGUAGUUUUUGAGAAGGGAAGUAAAUAAGUUGAUAAUACAAACAUACCACAUUGCUACUUUUAGGAAGAGAUCACAAUUGAUAUUUCAAUCAAAGAGUUUGAUAAAGAUUAAUAUUAAAAAACACAAAAAGUAUAUAGCCUUAAAGAUCUCGAGAAGAUUUAGGAUAAUUAGGACUUCUAAUUUGUUAAAAUUAUCAAAUAAUAAGUAGAAUUAGAUAAAUUAAAAAACGACCACCUACCACUCUGCACUAAUUUAAUUAAGUUUAGUUUAAGUAUAACAUUUUAAUAGAUUAAAGAAGAAGAUGAAUAAAAUUUUCUUUUACAUAUUGCUGAGAGUCUUAAAAAUUGUUAUCAUCUUAAAUAUAUUGAUUUAUAGUUGUUAUAAGGUUUUAAUAAAUAUCAAAUUGAAUAGUUUGUAAAUAUUACAACUUAAUUUGAAAACAUUACAAAAUAUGUUUUGUCUCUAAGUUAGAAUUAAUUAGACUUAAAUAGUCUUGAAAAUAUUGGAAAUAGUUUUAGGAAUUUCAAAAAGCUAAAUAAUUUCUAAACACAUAUUUGGUCUGAUCAUUUAAAUCACGAAGGAGUAAGCAGAUUUUACAGUUAAAUUUCUAAUAUCAAGUCAAUGAAGAAGCUCACGAUUGAUUUACAGGAAAAUAACAUUUAAAGUUAAGGAGCUAUUAAUUUAGGUAAAUGCUUAGAAAAUUUGUAAGGUUUGACAAAACUCAAAAUAGAUUUAUGGGAUAACUAAAUAGAAUAAGAUGGGAUAAUUUAUUUGGUUAAUUAGAUUUGUAAAAUUUCAUCUUUAAGGCAUUUGACGUUUUUAAUUUGGAAUAAUAUUAUCACCUAUGAAGAAAUAGCUAAAGCCUUGGAAAAUUUGUCUUGCUCUUCAAGUAUUUAUCGCUUAGACCUAGUGAUUUAAUAGGAUUCGUUGCAACCAUCCAAUAUCAGUUAGAUUGUUAGAACUUUAAGAAAUUUUAGCAAAAUAUAUUGGUUUUAAAUAGAUUUAUUUUCAUAUUAAUUAAAUGACGAAAUCAAACUUUUACAGGCCAUUAAAAAGAAUAAAAGGCUAGUAUACUUUAAGCAACUUGACGGACUUAAAUAUUGA